AUGCCUCCCCGUGCCGCCGGCGAAGGUGACGGCGACGGCCCUUCAAGCGCCCAAACAAACGACAGCCUCCGUUGGCCUGGACUGUAUCCCGAGCAAGCCCAGAUCGUUAUCAACUAUCUGAUGUACAAUGAGUACCGCUCAGAGCGAGUUCUAUCUGGCUCUCACUGGGACCGCCAGCGUCUGGCCCUUCACGAUGCUAUUUACAUUCACUUCAAUGCUUUAGAGCGCCACCUUCCUGGCCUCAUGGAACUCUGCGCUAUCGAGAUUGUGCACAUUGCUCUCAGUCUUCCCAUUCUUUCCUUUCUCUGCUGUAUCACUGGCUAUAGAGAGUGGGUUCAUCUCAACAGUCGCUGGUUCAGUCCGGUAAUGUUCCACUACAGAGAAUAUGCGAUGCCUGAUGCAGCUAUUGGUGACAUUGAGACAUUCAGAGCUCUCAACUUUAUCGACGACUACUCGCGAGCCGUUGAACUUCUCGGGCCCCUUCUCAUCGCGCUUCAGCAACUCAUCUAA